AUUCUUGUAUCUCUUGACAUUGGAGCGAUCGCCACUUGAUCAGUGAAGUGUCGCCAGAAUGAUCGAUACGAUUCGGUACUUUCUAUGGAGAGUUUGGUUGUGGGCGACUAAGAAUCAGCGAGAAGAUCGAUUCAACAAAUUGGUCGAUUGGCACUCGCAGGACCCAUUCAAGUACGGAGUGUUGCCUUCGAACCCGGAGAAAGAAUACGAGUACCCCAAACUCGACAUUGGCCAAAGCGAAGAUGUCAUCGAGUUUUUCCUCCAGAACUCUAAACGACAGCUCUUGUUCGCACGGAUAUCGAGACUCGGCAACGGAUAUGCUUCGAUGUCCUUCCUCGUGCGCCUGGGGGACAAAGGCUCCUGGAAAGCUGAAAGUGUCGUUGUUGACCGAAGUACGUCGGACAGCUUCGUCGCUGGAGGUUUACGCAUCGAAAGCACCCUGCCGAUGAGAAGAUACAGGAUCUCCUUCAACGGGGUGGUUCAUAACGCUAAGAACGAAGCCACCCAUCUCAGAGCGAUAUUCGUUGGCAACCACAUUACUGCUUGCGGGGAUUACCGAGUUUUCCACGACAACGCUUUUCUCGCGAAGCAACUCCCGUUCAGUGCGAAACUCGAAUCACUGGAGAAGCUCGAUAUAUAUGUGCAAACAUUCUCCCUGACGGGGAAAAUCUACGUGGAGGAACUCGAAGAUGAGGUCUAUCUCUGGGGGUACAGGAGGAGACAGAGACUUGGACGGGACACCGGCGAUGUCGAACUGAAAGCACGAAUCACAGCGUAUACUGAGAAUGGGCUCGGCCUUGAUCUCAACGAGGCGAGCGUCAAGCAUCUCUCUCCGACUCUGCUCUUCGGUCAUCUGAACUAUCCAGCCUUCCAACAGCGGCCUGUCCAGAAUUUUUCUGCGGACUCCAUCAUCGGUGCACAGCACUUCCGAAUCGGCGCGGCUCAAUUCAAGAACUUGAGAUUCGUCGUGAAAGACACGCUUGAUGAGAUUUCCUGGAUCGAGCCCCUCGGCACCGAGUGGCUCAGAUUCCGCGCCAAAAUUGUCGGGGUCGACUACGACGGGAACGUGGGGAACGCUCUCAUAACGAUCGCUAAUGAGUAA